AUGUACCCGUCCUACCACCGCUUCUCGAACGUCCUAGAUAUCUCGCUGUCAGAAGGUCAAAAGUUUUCAAGUGGAUUACAGAAUAAAAAUGUAACAUUGGACUGCGAGAUACAUGCCUCGCACUGCUUCUUCCAAGCAAAACUCGACAAUAAAGAGCAGGUUAAUAUGCUGGAAGAUGCCGAUAAAAUAUGCAAAAGUAGAAAACCAGACAGCUAUCUCUUAGAGCCGUACGAUGAAUCCGUUCACAAAGCUGCUUUAUCAUUUGCCAAUUCAAUUCAAAAUGCCGUGAAGAAUGUUUAUCCGAUAAAUGUCGUUUACUCAAAAGCCCAUGACUUUAUGUCCAUAAAGCGUAAUCGUCUAGCAAGUCCGAUGUCAAAAAAGGGUGGACCAACAGUAGUGUACGGUACUGAGAACUACGUAUACGCGACAAUUGAUGAAAAAAACAAAAGAAGGUGGAUGUUUCAAACAGCCGACCAUGAACAACUUCAUACAGUUGUCUGCGUAAAACCAGCAAUAAAUGGCGAAUGCUCCAGGAUACGGCCGAACAAAGCCGUAAGUUUAAAAAUAUACAAACGACAUAUUGUUCAAAAUAAAAAAGUCACCGUACAGGUGAAUAAUAAUAACUUUAAAAAUAAAAACUUGCAUUUGGAAAAUAAAAAUCUGGAAAAUAAAUCAGUUCAUAAAAAAACUUCCACAAGUUUAUCGGAUGAAGAGUUGAACGAAAUUAUACAGUACUUGAAUACUUCAAAACUUAUAGAGCCGUCUGUGUUGAAAAAUGACACAUAUAUAAGAAAUAUCAUAAAAGAUAAUUUUUCGCAUUCCAAAGAUUCGUUAAACAAAUUCCUUAACAAAAAAGCUAAUGAUAGUAUAACUCUUGGGUAUAAGAAACUGGCCAAAAUCAUAAAAAUUAAAAUUAAUAAAGAAAAUGGGGUUAGUCAUCAUAUCACCUUUCCUGCCAAGUUUGGAGAUCACUUUAAAAAUAGUACAUACACAUUGUUAACCUGGAUGAAAACUGUAAAUAUGCGAAGUAUUUGCAGAUUCAUCGACCUGUUAAUAGACCCAAAGCAAAUAUCAAAUCUAGAUGAAAAAGAUGUAGGUGUAACCGCCGCGGACAUGAAAGUCUAUGAAACUAAAACAUAUCCAGAAAUUAAAAAAAUAGUUGGUCACGAAGGUUUAAGAGCCAUUGUGAAUAAAAUAUGCAUGAAAAUUCAGGAAGUUCUUUCUCCUCUUUUAAGAAAGCAAUGGGAUGACUUGAUAAACAAAGAGGUUUUGGAACAUUUUAAAAAUUUAGAUUUCCAGAUAAUCGGAGAGCACAUACUGAAAGAUCGAAGAAAUAUAUUAAAUUUCACCGAAGAACACAUGAGAAAGCUGAACUUAUCAGAAGCAAAAUUUAAAGAUUAUAAAACAGCUUUUGAAAAUUUAACCUCAGGAAUAAAAAGCGGGUUGAUCAAUGUAAACGCUUUUAUCGGUCAUUUGAAAAAUGGCAAAAUUUUAGAUUGGAAAUCAAUUUUAGUUGGUAAGCAAGAUUUUUUAGCUACAACAAAAGAUUUGUCUUUUAAAAAGAUUGGUCAAGUAUAUGCUGCUGUGGAAAAUGUUGAUACAAUAACUUUGCAAGAUGUCGUAAAGUUGGGUUACAAUGUAACAGAAACUCAAUUUGGCAAGGUUAAGGAAAUAUUUAAAAAAUUUGAUAAAGUGUUAAAAAAACAUUAUAUAAAUAAAGCUAAUUUAGUGAAACGCGUUUAUGGUGAUUUUUUUGAAAAAUUUGCAGUAAUAAAAGACCGGAAAAUUUUAGGACUAAAUAUUAAGAAUUCUUUGAAAACCAUAAUAGAAAAUAUAAUUCCUGAAGAAGCUGUAAGAAAUAACCCAUUUUUGAUAUCCGAUGAUAAUUUGACUGCUUACGGGUUAUCAAGAGAAGAUUGGAACACUGUUGUCCAGCGCGUUUCAGACAACGCAGUUAGAUUCCUUAAUGAUAGGCCAGAUGAUAUAGCUUACACAACUAUCUAUGAUGAUCAAUGUCUUUUUGUAUUCCAUGCAGUCCUUUCUUGGUACGAGGGGCAGAGUUUAUGUGCAGAAGAAAAAGCGAAUUUGGUAGUGUUUGACGAAGUUUUUCCAGUAAGCUAUUUCAACGACGUUGAGUUAUUUGCUCUCCCGGAUUUCAAAUCAUUCUGGGUCGGUUCUACGAGAGAUGUGUGGGCAUGGAAACACAAUGCCAAAUCGAUGACAUGGAGUACAUUGUCGGAAUACACGGCCAUAUCAGGAGAAAAAAAUUAUGCAUAUUUCCAGGCAGGAAGUAGCGCAUUCAGUUGGUAUGUGUCAAACAAGUGGGACCCAGAAGCUGGGAAGGAUAGUGUUAUCUGCAUGACAGAUCAAAUGGUCCCACCAGUAAAACCAGAUGAAAAGAACAAUAAAAAAGAGAAGUAUGCCUUAGCACACUUCCAAUUCACGUUGAUUGGUGGAAUGAGUGUGAUGCUAACCUUAUCAGUGGCAACAUUAAAAGCGAAAGAUAUCCAUUUAAAUUGA